AUGCUAUUGUUUACACUAUUUACUAUUUUCUUUCUUGCUGCGGCAAACGUUCCGUACAGCAGUUCUUCUAGUCUUGAAGUUCCUACUUCAGUGGGAAAUGUCAUUGGAAUAAUCGACCAAAUCACUCCAGAUGUCAAGCAAUGGUUAGGAAUUCCAUUUGCAGAGCCCCCGCUAGGCCCUCUUCGAUUCCUUCCGCCAACCAAACCAAAGAACUCUUCAGGUGUCAUCUUAGCUCAAAGCGCUGCAGCAUCAUGUCAGCAGUACCUCAAGGGCGUACCUAAUAUUUUUAACCUCGUACCUGAAUUCAACCCACCAAAACCCUAUAGCGAGGACUGCCUAUACUUAAACAUUGUUGCCCCAAGAAAUCCCAAGCACAAGAGGCUACCUGUAGCAGUGUGGGUACAUGGGGGCGAGUAUACCUAUGGCGGUAUCAAUACUCCAUAUGAGAAACCGCAGAAAUGGGUUCAGAGGUCACAGGAGCAUAUUGUGGUCCAGAUCAGCUACCGCCUAAAUCUUCUCGGCUUCCCUAAUGCUCCUGGAUUAAAUCAAUCUGAGCUAAAUCUUGGAAUACUUGAUAUCCGUUUUGCCGUUGAGUGGGUUCGUGACAAUAUUGCCAGCUUUGGGGGCGACCCCCUAAAGAUUGUGCUCUGGGGUCAAGCAGCUGGCGGCGGCCUAGUAGAUGCGUACCAGUAUGCCAAUGUUGAUGACCCUAUUGCACGUGGCAUCAUACAGGAGAGUAGCGUUAUCACCUUAGGUGAUCUGCACACAGAUGUUAAUCAGACAACCUGGAAGUGGGUUGCAGACCAGUUUAACUGUACAGGAGACGCAAAGCAAGUCCUUGACUGCAUGCGUAAUGUAGACGCUGUUAUGCUUGAAACACUGCUACAAACGCACACUGACAGUGGUGCUUCCCCCACGUUAUAUCUUGGUGCAGUGGCAGACAAUACCACAGCAUUUACGAGGGCUCAAUACAUGCAGAUGGCUGCGGCAAAGAGUAUUCCGAAAUUACCGACCCUAGUAGGGUCGACUGCCAACGAGGGAGCCAACUUUGUUCCAUAUAGUGCUGAUGGCACUACUACUACAGAAGCAGCAAUACGCACUGCUACCCUAUCAAUAUUCCAAUGCAGGGUUGCACGAGAGACAGCCGCUCGCACAGAAGGAGGUGGUAAAACCUGGCGCUACUAUUAUGCUGGAAACUUUACCAACAUCUCACCCAAGCCCUGGAUGGGCGCUUACCAUUUCGCUGAAAUCCCCCUUAUAACUGGCACGCACGCUGACUACCGCGGCAACUCUACAUCGUUUGAGUCCGCGCUCAGCGAGACUAUGCAAGAGUACUGGCUUGCCUUCAUUAAAGAUCCUAUGCAUGGUCUUACUCAAACUGGAUGGCCUGAGUAUAUAGGUUCAAAUGGUACAGUCAUUGUUUUUGGCGAGGACGAUGAGUUGAUUCAAAUGCGCGGUGGGGCUGUCCUUGACGAAGGACUCGCAGUUGUUAACUGCACUGUCUAA